ACCAGGAAAAAGACGAUUUUGACAGUUUUACCGACCUUGGGCUUUAGUUUUAAAUUAUUUUAAUGUUAAUAAAAAUUGUUUACUUUCGUAUGAAAGCUUGUCUACGUACCGCAGUUGCGUAUUAUUUUAUAAUUUGAAUAGGCAAAUGCUGCCUUACGAUAUCGGAUUGACGGGAAAAGUGAAUCGUAUGAAUGUCAAUAAAUCCGGUAACAGCCAUGGACGUUGAUUCUCCUGCGGGAAUUCUAAAAAGGUGUUCCAGUGCACCCACAAUCAACGACAGCAAUUCUACAAUGUCCACUUCACCUUCCAGUACUUCUCCAAGAGAUCAACCUGUGCCAAAUCUGUUCAGUAGCAUUAAUCAACCGCGAACGCGGAGAUUUAGUGGGAGUUUUAGUCCGUCAUCCAAUUCUUUGAACUCGGGUUUACGAUUGACACCUCGUAUAAGCCAGCUACGACAAGAAGAAUGGGCAGACACGAGCAAUUUACGAGAGUUAGCGCACGAACGUGAAAUUCACCAUACAAUGCAAAUAUCUCAGUCCUGGGAAGAUUUGCGUUUAGUUACAGAAUCUCCAAAUGAAACAAAAACAGGUAAAAUGGGUCCACUUCACGUCAGUCUUCCAUCAUGCAUGGGAAUUUUAUGUAAUUCUCCUUCACCAACUCGUGUAAGUUCGCCUAGUUUUCAAAGCCCCACGAGAGGCAGUCGUACCAUAAUCAGACGCAGCUGUAGUCCGGUGUUACGGCCUAGUCCACUCGGAGUUAAACGAAAAUUAGACGAGGACAAAUUAGACUAUCACUUGAGCCCUCGUGCGAAACGGUUUUAUAGUUUUGGUGCGUCGGAUCGCGCCGGCUUACUCACGACCUCGAGUCCUCUACCGGGCUCGCUUAGUUCAAUUGGCACCCCCGAAUCUUUGUCGAGUGCGGAUUCGCCCAGCUUUAAUUUUAGAUUAAUUGAUAGUCCCUCGCCUAGUCGGCCGCAAUUGCCAGAAAGUAUGAUUAUAACAAAAACCGAUCAAGAUAUGGCGGAGAGCCCUAGUUAAAAUUGUAUAUUAUCUAAAUUAAACGAUUUUGACAAUGACUGUAUAUUUUAAAACACUUUUUGUAAAAGUUAUUUAUGAACUCAUAUUAUACGGUACGAUUUAGACCUUCACUAGACAGGUAUAAAGAAUUUCACAGAAUAAAGUAUGAUCCAAUCA